AUGCUUUCUUUGCAACGCAGACAAUUUAGUGUACGAGCCUAUAGCAACCAGCCAGGAGCAACCGGAAUCGGUGGGACAGGCCUGCCCAGUGGCAGUUACCAUGCCAAUGCAACUACCUCUUCUGGAGCUCACGUGACCUUCGGUGCUCCAUCCACAACCAUCGCUUCUGCUACCGUCUCGAAGUUAGCAGAGUCCACAAGUGGCGGCGUUAGUAACGUUCCAACUGCCGCAGUCUGUGACAGCCAAACCUCUGAGAUUGGCUUUGAAGGAGCAGCUAUCGCCAGUGAGCAAUUUGGAAUAACUCAAAACAAUCCCCUUGUUUGUUCGACUUCCAUUGCCAGGCAUUCGUCAGUUUCCAGAGAUAAUCAGCCAGAUGAACCUACGGAACCUACAACACUAACUACAAAAAGAAUUGUUGAAAGGCAACCCAUUCUUCAAAAUCUUGAUUCCUAUCCCGAAGGUGAGCUUUUUCCUGCAGUUAAUAGAGACGACUGCCACAAGUCUAAGUAUAAAAGUGGCUUUUGCGAGCGUCGGCGUGCUGACGAGGAGCGCGUCGUUUUGAAUGUGUCUGGUUUGAAAUUUGAAACACAACUUAAGACACUCAACCGCUUUCCCAAUACUCUGCUGGGCAACCCGAAUAAAAGAAACAGAUAUUAUGACCCACUCAGGAACGAAUACUUUUUUGAUCGCAACCGACCGAGCUUUGAUGCAAUUCUCUAUUAUUAUCAGUCUGGUGGAAGACUUCGGAGACCAGUCAAUGUGCCAAUAGAUGUUUUCACAGAGGAGAUAAGUUUCUACGAGCUUGACAAUGACGCAAUCGAAAAGUAUCGUGAUGAUGAAGGAUUCAUUAAGGAGGACGUAAAGCUGCUACCGGAGAACGAAUUUCAACGAAAGGUGUGGCUUCUUUUUGAAUAUCCAGAAAGCUCCCUUGCCGCGAGAUGUGUUGCGAUUUGUUCAAUCCUCGUGAUAAUUUUGUCAAUCGUCAUCUUUUGUAUAGAAACAUUGCCUCAUUUUAAACAUUAUCGAAUAGCCAAUAGGACUUCCAAGCACCAAUUGGCCAUGAAUUUGGCAAAACAUCCAAAUCAGCUUGACCCCAAUGAGAAUGCUACUUUUGAUUCGAGUUCUGUUUUUCUCAGAUCAGUUCGUGACACCUCGAUGAGUACACAAACACAGUGGGAUGAUUUGUUUUACAAUGUGAUAAUAGUUGAAGACGAUAUACCUCAUCUUGCCGAGCCAUUUUUCAUUAUCGAAACUGUCUGCAUAAUAUGGUUCACUUUUGAGUUGAUGGUUCGAUUUGCUUCCUGCCCUCUAAAGGUGGAAUUCUUUAAAAAUAUAAUGAACUUUAUUGACAUUGUGGCGAUUAUUCCUUAUUUCAUCACCCUGGGCACAGUCAUAGCGGACGAUUCCAAACGCCAAAACCAGGCCAUGUCGCUGGCGAUUCUGCGAGUCAUUCGGCUGGUCCGCGUGUUUCGCAUAUUCAAACUUUCUCGCCAUUCAAAAGGUCUCCAAAUUCUUGGUCAAACUCUCAAAGCUAGUAUCCGGGAGCUGGGUCUCCUGGUAUUUUUUCUUCUUAUUUCUGUCAUCCUCUUCUCUUCUGCUGUAUACUUUGCUGAGAUAGACGCAGAGAAGACCUUUUUCCGCUCCAUACCCGAUGCAUUUUGGUGGGCUGUUGUUACAAUGACAACUGUCGGAUAUGGAGACAUGCGGCCAGUAACCGUGGGCGGCAAACUAGUUGGUUCGUUAUGCGCGAUUGCUGGUGUUCUGACCAUCGCUCUUCCUGUCCCUGUUAUUGUAUCAAACUUUAAUUAUUUCUACCACAGAGAAACAGAAACUGAAGAGAAGCCAAGUUUCACAACUGCCUCUUCUUGCCCUCUCUGUAAGACUCCCAGCAUCUGCAGUUCCACUUCCGGAGGUGGUCUCUUUAGCCCCAAGAAAAAACACAGUCGUGAGGGCAAUGAAUACGAGUUGUCGGGAUCAGUAACACGAGACUCCUCAAGGUCCCAUCAAGAACGCUCUCACUCAGCUUACACCUCUCAUUAUAAUCCUUUAGGCAUCCCAUUGCGAAAAACUACUGGCGAGAUGCCUGAAAUACAUUUGUAUCCUGGAUACAAUGAAAGAGAUGAAGCGGAUGAGGAGAAAGUAGCUCCGACUAGGAAGGAUGGCACGCUAAUUAGACCAAGUUUUUUGAACGCGAUAACUCAGCCCCCCCAGAGAAUAGCUAGAGGACCAAGAACGUCGCUUGACCAGGCAACAGAAUUGAAGCAGCUCACAAAUUCCAACACACUGCCAUUUGCAGCGUUGCCAGAAUGUGUUAUAUUGUCAAACAUUGCAAGCCUUUCUCCACAGAAGUCUAAGACGCAGAUUGACCUCUGA